UGACUGGUGGGCGGACGGUGGUGGUGGACGGCGCUUUGCUGGAGCUUGUCGGUGGCGGCGUUGCGCUGGACGCGGCUGUGCUCGGUGGCGACGUUGCGUUGUACGCGAGUGCGCGCGUGGUUGCGUCUGGGGGCGCUGUGCUGCGCGUGUCGGGGAGCCAGGUGUACGCCGCGCAUGGGCUGGUGUUUGACAGCGGUGUGGGGGCCAACGCGUCCGCCGUCGUAGUGAACGACAACGCCGGUGUGCUGACGGAUGGCGCGCUGCUGGUGCUGCGGGGGUCGGCGUCGUUUGUUUCCGGGUCGUGGCUGUCGGUGCGCGGCAACAGCAUCAGCGGCAGGCUCCUGUCGCUGCCGUCGUACCCGCGCCGUGCGGAGCUCGUGCAGAGCACACUGACGCUUCACGGGAACGCCGGCAGCGGGCCCGUCGUGAUGGACGGCACCGUUGCGCUCGGGGGCACCGGCCGAAAGUUCGUUGUGGGGUGCCUGAUGCUGAACGGGCAGGCGCUGCAGCCGAUGCACUACAGGUCCGCCGGCAUCAUCGGGGAAUUCCGCCCCGUGGCGUGUGGCGUUUGCGACGCCGACGUGUUAUGCUUUGCUGCUGCGACGAGGGCGAUGUCGGGGUCGUGCGGCUGCCGCUGUGCUGAGGGCGGGUACGGGCGCGACUGCCUGCCAGUGUACCUGCCGCGCGUGGACGGGUGCAACCGCACGCUCGCUAUGCCGCUGCUGAGCCACACGGCGACGCUGACGGAGACGCGCAGCCCGACGCCGACGUGGACACCGACACCGACACCGAGCCUGAGCACGCCGCACUACAGUUCGACGCAGUACAGUUUGACGGAGACCCCGCAGGUGACAGGGACGGUGGCGCUGCCGCCCACGCGGACCCCGACAGCGUCGGUGAGCAGCACGCCGUGGUGGAGCGACGUGGCGUGCCCGACGCUCGCUGUGACGACGACGGCGGCUGGUGGGAGUCUGACGCAGAACGACAUCCGCGGCGGUGGGAGCGCCGUCCCGACACUGCUGAUGGUGGCGCUGCCGCCGCCGUUUCGUUGGGCAAGUGACCCGCAGAUUGGCACGCACCUGAGCUUCGUGCCUGUGUCGACGGCGCAGCCGAGUGGGUUUGGCGGUCCGUGGGGAGCGAUGCUGCGCAACGCGACGUGGGUGCGCAACGCGACGAAUCCGUCUACCGUUCUGGAGCUGGCUGUGCCCGUGCACCGCGGUUACUUCAUUGCUGCCGACGAGACGAUAGUCAUUCGCUGCGACGCUGCGGCAGUGUCUGGCGGCUGCAAGGGUGUGCUGCUUGGUUUCUUCACGAUCAGGUUUGACACGCUGCCCGCCGCAGCCAGCGCUCUCUCGGCGAUCACCGGCGUUGUUGCGGGUGCGGCGGCUGUUGCGGUGGUGGUGACCGGCGGGCUGGGCUCCGUCCUGGAGAUGCAGGCGCUCGGCGUGUUCGCGAGGAUGUCGUGCGCCUCGGCGCAGGAGCGUGCGAGCACCGCUGCGCUGCCGUACUUCCUGUCGGUGUUCGCUGCCCGUGACCCGCUGUGGAUGGUGGUGGGCAACGCGCUGCUCGCCGCUGUGUUUGGGUGCGUGCACUGCGGUGUGACGGCGGCCUUCCGGCGGUGGCGCGGCGUGGACGCGGCGAGUGCGUGGGCGGCGAUGCGCUUCCCGAGCCUGACGUACGUUGUGGCGCACGCGAUGCACCUCGGCAUCUUCUUCGGCUCCGUGCUUGCACUGGCGAUGCCUGGCGCCCGCGCGCAGCACCGCGUGAUUGGAGUUGUUGGCGUGCUGUACGGUGCGGCGUUCCCUGCUGGCGUGUGCUACUUGAUUGCCCGCCACGUGGGCGCGAGCUUCACGAGGUACUGGCAGUUUUCGAGGAAGCCGCUGCACGAGCGCCUGCUGUACCCCGUCGGGUAUUGGCACCCCGCGGCGCAGCAGCGGAUGUACGGCGGCAUGCUGACGAACAUGAGGGGCAGCCACGUGUACUGGUGCGUGUUCCAGCUGUCGGCGCUGUGUGUGGUGUGCCUGAUUGCUGCUGUGCACCCGCCCGUGGGAGGCUGCCACGUCCAGUACUUCUGCAUGGCUGCUGUGCUGCUUGCGGGCGCGGGCGUGGUUGCCUUCACGAACAUGAUGCGCUCGGCCUUUCUGACGGUGAUGCACACUGCGGGCUUUGUGCUCCUUGCGACGCUGUGCCUUGUCAGCGCGGCCAACC